CUCGCCAGACACAUCUCCCAGGGCCUCGGCGGGAUAAAACUGGUUGGCGAUGCCAGGUGGAUGGGAGCAAACUUCAGAAGGAGGAAGAGACGCCUGGGCCCUGGGCACCCUCAGGGGCAGACCCAGGCAGAAAGGGCCUGAGGCCAGCCGGCCAGGGUAGUGGCGUGGCGGCCGGCGCUGCCAGGACCUGCGUAAGAAAGCCGCUGAGUGUUCCGCAGGCUGUGAGCGACUCCCCGGCGAUGCCUCACAACUCGAUCAGAUCCGGCCACGGAGGGCUGAAUCAGCUAGGGGGGGCCUUUGUGAACGGCAGGCCUCUGCCGGAAGUUGUCCGUCAACGCAUUGUGGACCUGGCCCACCAGGGUGUAAGGCCCUGUGAUAUCUCUCGCCAGCUCCGGGUCAGCCACGGCUGUGUGAGCAAGAUCCUCGGCAGUAGGUACUACGAGACUGGCAGCAUUCGGCCUGGAGUGAUAGGGGGCUCCAAGCCCAAGGUGGCCACCCCAAAGGUGGUGGAGAAGAUAGGGGACUACAAGCGCCAGAACCCGACCAUGUUUGCUUGGGAGAUCCGGGACCGGCUUCUGGCAGAAGGCGUUUGUGACAAUGACACUGUGCCCAGUGUCAGCUCCAUCAACAGAAUCAUCCGAACCAAAGUGCAGCAGCCAUUCAACCUCCCCAUGGACAGCUGUGUGGCCACCAAGUCUCUGAGCCCAGGACACACACUGAUCCCCAGCUCAGCUGUAACACCCCCAGAGUCACCCCAGUCGGAUUCCUUGGGCUCUACCUACUCUAUCAACGGGCUCCUGGGGAUUGCUCAGCCUGGCAGUGACAACAAGAGAAAGAUGGAUGAUAGUGACCAGGACAGCUGUCGUUUGAGCAUUGACUCACAGAGCAGCAGCAGCGGUCCUCGAAAGCACCUUCGUACGGACACCUUCAGCCAGCACCAUCUCGAGUCACUUGAGUGCCCAUUUGAGCGGCAGCAUUACCCGGAGGCCUAUGCCUCCCCCAGCCACACCAAAGGCGAGCAGGGGCUGUACCCACUGCCCUUACUCAACAGUGCCCUGGAUGACGGGAAGGCCACCCUGACACCUUCCAAUACACCUCUGGGACGCAACCUCUCGACUCACCAGACCUACCCUGUGGUGGCAGAUCCUCAUUCACCUUUCGCCAUAAAGCAGGAAGCCCCAGAGCUCUCCAGUUCUAGCUCCACCCCUUCCUCUUUAUCUAGCUCCGCCUUUUUGGAUCUGCAGCAAGUCGGCUCUGGGGGCCCAGCGGGUGCCUCGGUCCCACCCUUCAAUGCCUUUUCCCAUGCUGCCUCCGUGUACGGGCAGUUCACGGGCCAGGCCCUCCUCUCAGGGCGAGAGAUGGUGGGGCCCACGCUGCCUGGAUACCCACCGCACAUCCCCACCAGUGGACAGGGCAGCUAUGCCUCUUCUGCUAUCGCAGGCAUGGUGGCAGGAAGUGAAUAUUCUGGCAAUGCCUACAGCCACACCCCGUACUCCUCCUACAGCGAGGCCUGGCGCUUCCCCAACUCCAGCCUGCUGAGUUCUCCAUAUUACUACAGCUCUACAACAAGGCCGAGCGCACCGCCCACCUCUGCCACGGCCUUUGACCAUCUGUAGUUGUCAUGGGGACAGUGGGACCAACCAGGCAACAGGAGGACUUGGCCUGAGACGGGCCCCAGAGAGUCACACAAAGGAAUCUUUAUUUAUUACAUGAAAAAACAAAAAACAAAAAAAACCAACCAAACAAACCACAAUUCCAGCAUUUGCGGCUUACUCCCUGUGUGGUCAAUUAAAUGACCCAUGAAAGUCAGGAUGACCUUGAAGAAGGCCAGACUGUCCUCCAGGAUUUCUUUUGUGAGGGACAGGCGUUCCAGGACACAAGAACCAUCCCAUUUCAAAAGAGACACAAUUAGAGGAAAACUGUACCCAGGCUGGUGGUACCCACCGAAGGAGAGAAAAAGGGUUCACAAAGAACUUUGAGUCCUGUCUGAGGGUGUGCAAGGGCCACCAGUAUACUCGUAAUCACUACAACUCCAGCAGUUAUGGACUUUGGUAAGCAAGCCCUUCUGGCACACAGUCUUAGCCCAGGGCCGAGGCUCUGCCUGUCCAUCAUCCUAGGAGCUGUCACCUUCUUUAGCCUCUACCAUCUCCUGGGCAAAGUCAACCAGCAACUUUCUGGGGAUGUCAGCUGACCGUCCCUUUCCUGUUGCUGUGAGCAUCCGCACACCCACCAGCCUCUCAUCCAGCCGGUCAUCCCUUUGGCAGCAGCGAAUCUGUCCCCUGGGCAGUGCAAGGGAAGCUCUGCAGAGUGCAGCAGGACGUGACAGCUGGGACCACAUCCUUGUCUCAACAGCCCCGCCAAUGCAAGUGUGCUUUCUGCAGCGCCAGCCCAUGCAGCCGCCGAAGAGACCCUGAGGCCAGCAACAAGAUUCCCUCUCUGGCUCCUCAGCUCCUUACCCACACACAACCUCACUGUAAAUACCGCAAAUGAAGCUCUGUUGGGGUCAAGCUUUCCCCUUCCCAUCCCCCCCCCCCCCAGACUUUGGCCUCUGAAUUGUCUCCCUACUAUGUUGGGCUUUUCUCCUUGAUACUUUUUUUUUUU